AUGUCCGGCAUGCUACCGGAAGAUACCUGGGUCAACUCGUUCCUCCCCUCGGCACCCCGGCCGCUCCUCACUGCGCUGCAACGCAGACUAGCCGGGUCCACCUCGCACGUCAAUGCUCUGGCGGAUCUGUUCAAGCAGCGUGCUGCGAUAGAGCAGCAGUAUGCCGACGGGCUGGCAAAGCUCGCUAGGACGGCGGAGAACGGGGGGUUGCUUCCCAAGAACGGGACGGAGUGGGAGCGGGGAGGCGGAGAGGCCAAGCUAUGGGAAGCCAUGGUGUCUGAUCUUGCGGAGACCUCGACCUCGCACUCGACCCUGUCAGCUCUGCUGAAGACGGACUUUGAGCAGCCCAUCCGUGAGCUACCGAGCAAGAUCGUCGCUUGGCGCCGGGUUGGAGAGCAAGACUCCUCCCUCGACAAGAAUCUCAAAGACUACGAGAAAGUCUCGGCAAAGCUCGACAAGGCAGCCGGAAAGAAGGCCGGCAAGGCGGAUGCGUAUCAACAGGAGCUCAACCAGUUGACGCAGUCACUCUCGUCACUCUCGCCAAUGGUGUACACAACGUACCAGCGGCUGGAUGAGCAGCGGCUGAGUACGCUCAAGGAGAUUGUGGUGCGAUGGGGAACGAUCAAGGGAGAUAUGGCGGUGCGGGAUGGGGAGCGGGCAGAGAGGAGCGUCGGGAACUUGCUAGGGUGGGAGACGGGAGAUGAGGUCAUGGCGGUGGGACAGAAGCUGGGUGGUGGGGCGGGCGGAGGAAGUAGGGCGGGUAGCGCAGCGCCUUCGUUUGGUGCGGCGCCGUCGUUCGUUACCCGGAUGGACCGAACAGUAUCAUCGGCUACCAACGCUUCGGACUUUACCCCUCGGCCAGCCUUCAGGCAGAACGGCUCCUCCAGCGGCGCCGUCUCAUCGCCCGCACCGCCACCCUCGUCCUUCGGCGGCGGUCUCAAGUCAAUGCUGGGUCGAUCCAAGACCCUCGCACGAGGGAGGAGCAACAGCAACGCUACUUCCGUCCAGCUGAGGGAUGAGCCUGUCGAGUCGAUCAGCGAGGACAGGCCUUCUGAGCGGGCAAUCAGCGAGAGGCCGGUUGAUGAGGAGGGCUUCUCGGUACCCCCGCCGGAUCGACACCGCUCGCUCUGGGACGAGCCGGACGAGGACGAUAUCCCCCUCUCUGCUACAAAAGCUGCAUCUAUCGUCCCCUCCAAAUCUAACGGACUGGCGCCGCCAAUGGAACCCACCUCCGCCACGCCCGCGUCAUCGUCCUUCGCGCAAACCUUAGACGCAUCCCCAUCGGAAUCGCAAGAAACCCUUGGUGGCGCCUCGUUCAGCCGGGGCAACAUGGCCAUGACCUCCGCUCCGAUCCAGGAAAGUGAGGAGGAGCGUCAAGCCGCCUUGCAGAAGAUGCAGCAGACGCUCCAACUUCCUCCUCAGCAGCCUUCUCGGCGGAACACUACGCGCGGACGGCGAGACGUCCGGAAUACCAUGUUUGGCUUCAACGGCGUCAGUCCUACUUCGGAAGAGCCAGAGACUAUGGAUUCUCCCACCUCCCCCUCCGCCAGCGUCAACGGUAUGAACGCCAUGGCAGCCACUCCCCGUCAGGGAUCCCUUGCAUCCCUCUCCAACAACCCAUUCGACUCGCCCGGCCUCUCGGCGCCUUCCAUGCCCGUCGCAACCGGCCAAGGUCUUCGGGCCAACAUCACCGAGGCCAUCAACGUCAUUAUGCGGGCGGGCGAGGUCCAGCGGCUCCAAAUCACCGGGGAAAUUCACCUCGGUCUGCGCGGCGCCACCUCACACGGUCCCAUCCACAUCCGCCUCGACGCUUUCGAGCGGCUGGAAAAGAUCGCCCCGAACCCGCAGUAUCUGGCGCAGGUACCCGACAAGCCCGGAGAGUAUCUUCUCAAUUCGGAGACGCUCGCUGGGUCGUCGGGCAAGGCGUCACCCAAAGGCACCCUGCUCUUCAAGUACCAGGUGCACGUUUCGGCCGGAACGGAAAAGUCGGCGCUUCCCCUCAUCCUCGAGCCGUCUUUCCUCUGCAAAGACGGCGAGACGCGCAUGAUCCUCAACUAUCGGUCAAACCCCGAUCACGUCUCGUCGGGAAGCAUGAGCGGUCUCUCGUUCAAUGCGGCGUUUGAGCCAGGACCGGCCGUCUCCAAUGUCCAGGCGAAACCGGCCGGAGGGGUCUGGUCCCCUUCUACACGGCGCAUGACGUGGGAUAUGGGAGCGGUGCAGGGUGGAGAAGGGAAGAUCAUUGCCAAGUUCACGUCGGAGGCGGGCGAGGUGUUGAGGCCGCAAGGUGUGUUGGCGAGCUGGGCGGCGGAAGGGGUACUGGCGAGUGGGAUAGGGAUUGAGGUUGUCGGGGCCGAAGGGUGGAAGUUUGAGGAGGUGACAAAGGGGUUGUCAACUGGAAAAUAUCUUGCAGAGGCGGUCAUCAGUUGA